AUGGCCAUCGAUCUUUCUCAAUCUCCAUUGCUGAUGCUUCCGCUGGACAAAGACGAGGAUGGCCAUGGCUGUCGCUUCUUCAGUCUCAAGGGCGGGACUGCCCUUGCCCACCGCAACUUCCCGGCGACCUUUUCUGACAGCCGCUGCGUCGGUUCUUCGCAUGGUUGGCUCGUGCUCUUGGACAAGGACACCGAGCCUUAUCUCCUCGACCCACUUCGGGGUGGCGACCGGGUCCUCCGCCUCCCUCCCAUCGAAACGUUCCCCUGUGUGUUCCCGGUGCGUCGGAGUCACGAAGACAACAGCUGCAGUUCGGCCUCCUCUUACGAGACGAUCCAUCUGGGGUGUUGCCGGAGCACGACCCUGUUUCCUCUCCUGCCGCUGCGUGACUAUAUUAUUUUCAAGGCCGUGUUAUCAGCAAACCCUAACAACGGUGCUAACGGCAGGAGUUGCUGGGUAGUUGUGAUCUUUGGCAUCGAGUCGAAGCUUGCGUUUUGCAGGUGCAAAGAAUUCGGCGGAGUUGGCGUGUGGGCGGAGCUACCUGGUAAUCACGGUCCUUACAGCGACGUCAUCUUCAAAGGGGGUACGCUCUUUGCCCUAUGCGACAAUGGAUUCGUCGAAGUGUGGCACUUCAAUAGGGAUCUACCCAUGAAAAUCAUGGAGAUCAAGUCCUCCUUCCCGCGAAAAUCAGCCGAGGCCGCACGUGCUCUCAAGAGUGUUUGUUUUACGAGCACAUACUUAGUCGAGGCGGCGGGUGAGAUUUUGCUUCUGGUGAGGUUCACGGGGUAUUUCGUGAACAAGCACGGUGUCCCGGUCGAAGAAGAUGACUUCCUAGCAGAGGAGGACACACACCCUUUGGUCUGUCCCUAUAGAACUCUAUAUUUCCAUGUUUACGUACUGGACACGAGCAACGAGGAGUGGGCGGAGUUGGACUCGCUCGGCGACCGGGCUGUGUUUGUGGGCGGGAGCCACUCGAGAUCGGUAUCGGCCCGGGACUUCCCAGAGUUCGUGGCAAACUCAGUGUACUUCACCGACGACAACUGGGAACCGCAGGAGCAGGACGACUUCGGUGGGCACGACAUGGGGGUGUACAGCUUGCAGAGCGGGAAGGUGAAGGAGAUUUGUGAACUCGGUUCCGACAAGAUCGAGUCUCCUCCGUUUUGGGUUUUCCCAUCUGAUUAUCGUUCCAAGUGA